AUGCACUCAAAUAAUAUUUGUGAAUAUCACAACAAGAAGAUUGAACUUAUUUGUAUUAAUAAUAGUUGUUAAGAAACAGAUUCAUAACUUUGUUAAAAUUGCUUGAAGUUUGAUUUUCAUUAAGAAUGCAAGGAAAAAAAUGAAAUUCUUCCUUAAGAUUAAUUUUUUGAAGUGAUGAAGACAACUUUAAAAGAAAAGAUGAAAGGAGAAGAUGUUCUUGUCCUUAACCUUAAAGAAACUAUUGAAAAUUUGUAACUGUUGUAUGAAGAAACUAAAAUGUAUAAUUAUGAUUAAUAAUUAUUAGAGAUGCUGAUUCUCGUAAAGAUAGAUACUUUAAACUUAAACAAAAGGUGAAAAAAUACUCCUAUUAUAAACACCCGAAAUACUUAUAAUAAAUUAAGUAGGCAACUUCAUUUAAUGAAAUUAACUUUGAUAGAUCCCAACAAGAGAAGAGAACAGAAAAAUCAAUGUUAAAAUAUAUUGCAGAGAUUGAUAAUUCUAUACAAUCAAUAAAAAAUAUUUUGAACAAAAAAAAUAAUGAAUUGGAAGAAUAAUAAUAAUAAUAAUAACAAUAAUCAUAGUCACGACCUUUAAAAAGUUCGAUAUUUGUUUUUAAAGGAUCAAAGUCUAGCUAGAUUCUCAGUUAAAAUGAAAUUGAGGAUUUGUAAUAAAAAUCCUAAUUUAAACAAAUAAAAGAAUUAUAGAAAAAAAGCAACACUAUAGAAUAGUAAAAAUUGAGAAAUGAAAUAGUAGAUAAUUAACAAUAAAUUGUCAGUAAAAAUGAGGGUGAGCAUCUUGACAAUAACUAAAUUAUGUAAUAAUUCACUAAUCAAUAACAACUUUAACAAUAACAACACCCAAAAUCAAAUAUCAUUUCUUAAGUCUAAAAUACAUUUACCGAACCUGAUAAAAACCUAAUUAAAUAGUAGGUCAAUUAAUAAAGCUUUCAUUUACCAUAAUAUUCAAUAAAUUAUCCAUAAGGAAUGUCGGCAGUAAAUUUCUAACAUUUAAAUUCUGAUUUAGUUUUGCACUCCUAAAAUAAAACAGCUUCUAUGAUAAAUCCUAGUACCAACAAUAUGGAUAAUCAAUCAGUCAUAGAAAAGUCUAAAUUAAAAUACAGAAGAGUAUUUUCAAAUAAGUUUGCCAAUUAACCAAUAACUAAAAUUGAAGUAAUAGAUAACAAGAAUUUGAUAUAUUUAAGUGAAUAAAAGUUGGUUUUUAUUACAGAAUAUAAAUCAAAUAACAAAAAAUUAGAAAAGAAUUUUUCAGUUUUAAUUUUGGAUUUUCAAAUACUAAAUUAACAUUAAAUUUUAGUUCAUACUAGUUAAAGCUUAAUUCUACUAGAUAAAAAUCUAGAAAUUUUAAAGACUUAUAGAAAAAUAAUUGAAAAGAACCACUUAACUAUUGAUAAAUGCUUCAAAAUAGAUAUUGUCUCUAUAAGCUUAGUUUGCUAUCUUUAAGAUAGCAACCAAUUAAUUGGAUGCUAAAUAAUCAAAAAUGAUAUCGUUGAAUAAUGGUAAAAGUAAAAUUUUGCAGGCGAAAAAAAAAUUAUUUCCAUGAAAGUGAUUUAGGAUAGUUUAUUCAUCGGCUACAAGAAUGGAGAAAUUAUUGUUUACGAAUUAAAAACAUUGAACAAAUAGCAAUCAUAUUAAAUUUAGAUCGAUUUAUCCAAAGACAUUCAAGCAAUUCUUUUUGAUGAAAAAUUUUGUUUAGGAAUUUAGGAGAAUAAUCUUUAUAGGUUAAAUUAUGAUAAUGAAACCAAAUUAUUAUGCUCCUCAAAACUUCGGAUUAUAACCUGUGCUUACUACAUUAAUGAUGAAAAGAAUAAGGCAGAAAUCCAUCUAUUGUUAGAAAAUCAUGUAAUAAAUUUAUAUAAAUUAGAAAAUCCUGAUAUUUUAUAAGUAAGAUGAUAAAGCCAAAAUUCAAUAAAAAAAUAACAGUUGCAUUACAUGUGUUAGUUGUUUCUUAGAUAUUAAAUAACCUAAGUUUUUUUAUGGGGAAAGGGAUGGAGGAAUUUGUUGCUAUUAUCAUUGAGACAUUUG